CUCCAACCGCCUGAGACCAUGAACACGUACUUCGCUCUCGCCGCCUUCGCCGCCGCUCUCGUCAGCUCUGUGAGCGCCGAGGCCUGCACGGGCACGCAGCAGCAGGCUGCGUACCUCGGCAUGAUCGGCCUGCUCACGGGCUCGUCGCUGAAUGACUGCGCGAGCAAGUCGGGCUACAACAUGCUGUACGCGACGGCGCUGCCCACGGACACGGAGAUGGUUUCCAUGUGCGGCGUUCAGGAGUGUCACGACCUGAUCGUGGCGGUGCUCGCGACGAACCCUCCCGACUGCGACCUGACCAUUCCCACCAGCAACGCCGUCAUGAACGUGCACCAGCUCGCGACCAACUUCGAAUCGGACUGUGACGCCUUGACGAACCCGACUUCCGCUCCGACUGAUGCCCCUACGUCCGCUCCGACUGAUGCCCCCACGGAUGCCCCUACUUCGGCGCCCACGGAUGUCCCCACCUCGGCCCCCACGGAUGCCCCUACUGCUGCCCCCACUGAUGCCCCCACCUCAGCCCCUACGACGGCUCCGACGACUGAGCCUGUGGUGCCUGGCGGAGCCUGCUAAAAGUUUGCUUUAUCUUGCGGUUAUCUGGCUGCGUUGGCAGUGAGAGCGGUUCGUCGUUCGUAGUGGCUCCGCAAUGAUACAUCUUAAUCCAGUUUUUUUAGUUUAC